CGAAGAGCGCCCGCCUAUUCUCCAGUGUAGCUUUGAGGAAUGCUUUUAGCCGUGGCUGGUUGAGCUCUUGUCGCCUACGGAGGAGGCGAUGGACUACGACAGCGAGCGGCGGGGAGGUGAAGGAGACGGGCCUUACCGCGAUCGAGGCCGCGGGCCGCCUCCGCGGAGCCACCACGCGGGGAACAAUCAUCAAAAUCGCCGGGACCACAGGCCGCGAGGACGAGGUGGAGGGAAGGACUACUAUGGAGGCAGUGCAGGGGGACUGGACGGUGGAGGGCGUGGUCCGACCAUUCUGUCACGGGGAGGAGACAAGACCGGACCGGCACGGAUGCCCGGGUCCAUUGCCAUCAUGCAGAGAGCCUCCAGUGGCGGGAACAUGGCGGCCACUUCGCCUCUCAAAUCAAACGCAUCUUCAGGCUCCACAUCUCCCUCCCCGAGCUAUGUCCCCGCACCUCACCCUCCUCAGCUCCUUCGCUCACACUAUGACAGAGGAGACGCAAAGGGUCGACCCCAGAGAGGGAGGUCAGACGGGCAAGGCUCCACCCCCAGCAGUUUUGUUCCCCUGCAGCCCACAGGUGGAGGUGGGCGGGGUCUGCGGGACAGAGGGGGCGGGGACAUCCUCCCGUCCCCGGUGUCGGCUGUGGCCAGAGAUCCAUGGAGCCAGACACACGAGAUGCUGCAUGCAGUCAAACUGGUGGACAAGAACAUGCACUGGGAGGACAAGGGACUGGAGUACCUAAUGGAGCAGAGCGAUUUCCUGGUGGUGGGGGCGAUCGGGAGGCAGGGAGUCGGGAAGUCUAGUGUCAUGUCUCUCCUCGCGGGGAGCCGCACCGGCUCCGGGAAGCCGGCCAUGUUCCGUCCGGAGACCAAGGAGGUGUGGGAGAGCGAGAGUUACCAAACCACCGGGCUGGACAUGGCCGUCACUCCCGAGAGAGUCAUACUCCUAGACACACAGCCGGUGCUGAGUGACGCCAUGCUGGCCCAGUUCUCUGACAAUCCCUCUCUCAUCCCCUCCACCCUCUCCCCCGACAUGUACCUGGAGAUACUGAGUCUGCAGGUGGCUAUGUUCCUGUACACAGUGUGUCACGUGGUGGUAGUUGUCGUGGACUCCAUGGAUCACCAGGACCCCAUCUUCAAGUUUCUUAGAACAGUGGAGCAGAUGAAAGUGGCCUGUAUCCCUCACGAUAUGGACAGCAGCCCAGGGGAUGGCAGUUUGUACUUCCCACAGCUAGUGUUUGUAUUCAACCACGCCAGUCCUCAUGACUUCCAGCCACUGAGUCUCAGACAGCAUCACUCUCAGUUGGUUGACCUCUUCACUGGCACCAGGACAAGCAAUGUGUCCCUGGUGCGGAGUGGACUGGUCCAGAAAGGGGUAGGUUUCCCUGUCCACUCCACACACAUGAAGGCCAUCGAUCCCGCCGCCGUCAACUUCCAUUUAUUGCCCACCAACUCCAGCUCCUCGGACAACGGAACGACAUUUUGUGUCACCAGAUAUGAACGCAAGAACAUUGGUCUGAAUCCCCUCCUGUGUCUCCUGCCGUCGUUCACUGGUCACCCCAGCUACCAGCUCCUCUCCGAGACACUCCGAAACCAGCUCUUUGCCAUGCCACGCCCCUCUUUCAGAGCCACACCGCAGCCCCAGUUCACUGAGAAAGAAUGGUAUGAUUUCUCCAGACGGACGUGGGUGGCACUGAAGAAAAGUGACCUGGUCCGCAAGUACGAACAGUACCUCCAGUCCAUUCCCCCCGAGUAA